AUCAUUACAAUACGAAUCACACACCUAAACACUCGAAAUGUUUUGCAAAGUACUCAUCGUCGUUGCUUCGCUCGUAGCAGCUAAUGCGCAACAUCAUGGUGAAAGUCAUGGUCACGCCAUUUCCUCUCAGUCGAUCAUCCGACAUGACAUCUCCCAUGAUCAACACAACUACCACCACGUCCAAGCUGCUCCCGUAUAUCAUCACGCUGCACCAGUAGUCCACCAUGUUGCCCCCGUCGUCCACCAUGCUGUUCCAGUCGUCCAACACGUUGCUCCAGCUAUCCACCACGCUCCCAUCUACAGCAGUGAACAUCACGAUUCUCAUGGUCACCAUGAUUACUACGCUCACCCCAAAUACGAGUUCAACUACCAAGUAGCUGAUCACCACACCGGUGACAUCAAGUCUCAGCACGAAGCUCGUGAUGGUGACCACGUCACAGGCUCCUACAGCCUGCACCAGCCCGAUGGUGCCGUGCGCACCGUGCAUUACAACGCUGACAAGCACAGCGGGUUCAACGCUCAAGUAGAAUACUCCGGUCACUCACAACAUGCUCAGCCAGCUCAUCAUAUCCCCCAAUAUCAUCAUUAAUUUAUUAAAUCUUAUUCAUUCUACUAGCGAUAAGUAAUAUAGCAAAUCAAAAUACUAAAAA